AUGUGUAAAACGAAUCGUAAGAAAAUCAAAUUACUCGUCUUCAUCGUGUUUACCACAGCACAAAGUUUUCCGAUAUAUAACGGGUUCUCUAUCAAUUUCAGCCCAAUGUUAAACAAAGAGGAACCAAAGCCGAAGACGUUUGGGUCUCUCUUCGCGAAAAUACCCCAAGAAUUACCAAAGAGCACCCAAGAAAGCCUCUCCCAAGCGAUAUUCUCGAACGCCGGAUACCUCGGUGCCGGUUGUACCAAUCAAAUCGCUAAAAUCCUCUUCCCCACAAAAAAUUCACCCGACAUACUAAAUAACAUAACCUCGUGGACCAACGGAAAUUUUAUCAACAUACCAAUUUUGAAGCAGCCCGUCGAUGAUUACAAAAUAUUAAUUGCCGCUGCGCCACCUAACGUGAAAAUUAAUAAAGGUGACGAUAGCCGGCCUUUACUGGUGUACAUCGUUUUCCCGAAUGAAGACAACAACACGGACGUUGCGAAAAUGACGAUACCGACUGUGUACUUCGUUAAUAAAAUACGAGGGGUUAUGGAUAUGGAGACCAAAUUGAGGUUGGACCCUGUUCUGCUAGUCGAUCACAACAGGACCGUGACGAAAUUGAAAAGUAGGGAAAUAGCAAAGUUCGUUAAGUUUAAAAAUAAAAAGAUUAACCAUUUUGAUUCGAAUCACUGA